AUGCCAACAGGUAGGUUGGCAAAAUGGCUGAUUUUGCUUACGGAAUUUGAUAUUGUGUAUGUCACUCGCACCGCCAUGAAAGCACAAGCAUUGGCCGAUCAUUUGGCAGAGAAUCCGAUCGGUGACGAAUAUGAUCCCCUAAGGACAUACUUCCCUGAUGAAGAAAUCAACUCUAUUGAGGAAGAAAUUCCUGAUGAUGGUCACGUGUGGAAAUUAUAUUUUGAUGGGGCUGUCAACAAAAAUGGAGUACGAAUUGGGGCAGAGUGCCAUCAGUGCCAAAUUCAUAGCGACUUGAUUCACUCACCCCCUUUAGAGUUGCACCCUAUGUCUGCUCUGUGGCCUUUUGUGGCUUGGGGAAUGGACGUUAUUGGGCCAAUUGAGCCGAAAGCAUCUAAUGGGCAUCGAUUUAUUUUAGUUGCCAUCGACUACUUUACCAAGUGGGUGGAAGCUGUCACAUUCAAAUCAGUCACCAAGAAAGCAGUGGUGGACUUUGUUCAUUCAAACAUCAUAUGUCGUUUCGGCAUACCAAAAAUCAUUAUUACGGACAAUGCAGCGAAUCUCAAUAGCCACCUGAUGAAGGAAGUUUGUGAGCAAUUUAAAAUUGUUCAUCGUCAUUCAACCCCUUAUCGACCCAAAGCAAAUAGGGCUGCUGAAGCAGCAAAUAAAAACAUCAAGAAGAUUCUUAGGAGAAUGGUGCAAGGAUCUAGACAGUGGCAUGAAAACUACCCUUUGCUCUCUUGGGAUAUCGCACGACUAUUCGUUGUCAUACCCGCAGAAGUUGAAAUCCCUUCUCUUCGAAUCAUUGUCGAAUCAAAAAUUGAGGACACGAAAUGGGUUAAAUCAAGGUUAGAACAAUUAGCACUGAUAGAUGAAAAAUGGCUGAGCUCAAUUUGCUUUGGUCAAUUAUAUCAGCAGAGGAUGGCUCGAGCCUAUAACAAAAAGGCACGCCCAAGAAAUUUUGAAGUCGGUCAACUUGUUGUGAAAUGCAUCCUUCCCCAUCAAGACGAGGCCAAAGGAAAGUUUGCCCCAAAUUCGCAAGGCCCUUAUGUUAUUAAACAAGUGCUAUCAAAGGAGCUUUGCAACUGGCAGAUAUGGAGGGAAAGGCGAUCGACACAAUUGUCAACGCAGAUUCGAUCAAAAGAUACUACGUCUAACACUCUUUGUUAUGGCACUCUUGUGAUUGACAUUCUCAAGAUGAGAGGAUAA